AUGUCAAAAGUGUAUUCAAUAGAGGAGGUUGCUAAACAUAAUAAUGAAAAGUCUCUUUGGGUUAUUUUUAAUGAUAGAGUAUAUGAUAUAACUGAAUUUGUUCAAGACCAUCCUGGUGGUGAUGAUGUUAUCCUUGAAUAUGCUGGAAAAGAUAUUACUGCAAUUAUGUCCGAUAGAGAUUCUCAUAGUCAUUCUGAACCUGCAUUUGAAAUGUUAGAAGAGUAUUUGAUUGGUACCUUGGAAGGAACUGAAUUAGAUAAUGAGUAUAAGACAUAUACAGAGGAGAACUUCUUUCCUUCUCUUACUGAUACAAAGGCUGAUGUUAAGGUUCAUCAAUUCUUGGACCUUAAUAAGCCUUUAGUACCUCAAAUGUUGACUAUGAAAUUUACAAAGGAACAUUAUCUUGAACAAGUUCAUAAACCACGUUAUUUAAAUAGACCAGCUCAAUUCUUUGGUCAUCCUCUAUUAGAGCCUCUAUCUAAAACUGUUUGGUGGGUUAUUCCUCUUAUUUGGUUACCUUAUGUUGCCUAUAAUUUUUAUAAAUCUUUAUCAUUCGGUAAUGCUCUAGCUACUAUCUCAUUUUUCAUUUUUGGCAUUUUUAUUUGGACUUUCCUCGAAUAUGGUCUUCAUCGUUUCUUAUUUCAUUAUGAUGAUCGUAUGCCUGAGAAUCAGUACAUGUUCCUUUUACAUUUUGUUCUUCAUGGCUUUCAUCAUUAUUUGCCCAUGGAUAGAUUGAGACUUGUCGUACCACCUGCUCUCUUUGUCUUUUUAGCUUAUCCAUGGAUCACAGCAGCUCAUAUGUUAUUCCCAAAGAUGAUGGCUUAUGGUGUAGUUGCUGGCGGUAUGUUUGGUUAUGUUUGUUACGAUAUGACUCAUUAUUAUGUUCAUCAUGCCAAAGUUAUCAAAUUUCAUUUUGCUGAAAUGAAGAAAUACCAUUUAGCACAUCAUUACAAGGAUUUUGAAGCUGGUUAUGGUAUUACUUCAAAGUUAUGGGAUUAUGUUUUCAAGACUGUUUUAACCUAUAACUAGUCAUUUUUGUUAUUAUUGUUGUUUCUGUAAUCUUAUUUAAUCUAAUCUUAUUUGUAUAUUUUCAUAUUAAUAUUUAGAAUUUGCCUUUAUAAAAUAAAAAAGUUUAUUGUAAUAUUUAAAUACAA